AUGCAAUCAAAGAGUUUAAAUGCCUUUGUUGCAGACCGUGUUAUGGUUGUUUGCUCAUGCAUUGUUAUUAAGAUUGACGUCUUAAUUCAAUGCCAGGGCGAGCCAAAUAAUAGUCAAUCUCCAGAAGAUUGUGUAGCUUCUGGUGAAAAUGGAUGGCAUGAUGUUCCAUGCACGUUUGAGUAUGUUAUUGUUUGUCAGAAAAAUAAAGAAGGCAUAGCAGACGAGGAUAAAAGAGUAACCAUUUCAUGUGAUGUGAAAUACACAGCGGGUAUUACAAAACUGUUCUGGACAAGAUCAGUAAAUGGUACCAGUAUGAUCGUUUCUGAAUACGCAACAGGUGGGAACGUAACAUCUCCUAGUCUAAUUUUUGAACAAAUAAAAUGGACAGACGAGGGAUUGUAUAAAUGUCAUGUGGCAUACAUUUCCGGACUGACGCAAACAGAUGAAAAGGUUCUCUUUAUAAAUGCAACAAAUAUGUGUCCAUGUGGAUGUGAAUAUCGGAGAAAACUGGAACAUUGGGGCUCAAAGAUAGUUCAAAAUAAAACCCGGGAGGAAUUGCUAAAGGAACUGGAAUCAGAACUACAAAAUAUUCAAAAACAACUAGUAGUAAAUAAAACACAGCUGUCUUCAAGCAUCCGCAGACGAUCAUCUGCUCCUGAUAAACGGAAAUCUUCCAAGACGAUGGGAUUAGCCGGAGCUGCUUUUAUUUGUAUAGUCGUUGGACUAGUUGUACUCGUAGAUUUUCUCAGUUUCGUUAAGUUUGUAAAGUCGACGAAUACCUUUUGGAAUACCAAGAAAAUAGGAGAAAAGACAAAGAAAAAGAGCAAAGAAAAAAAACGAGCAAAAUGAGAUAUAUAUUUGAUAUUAACAAUAGGAAACCUCACACUUAUGCAUAAGAGUAAAAUUCGAGCCAAAAAAUAUCUAUGGACUUUUCUUCCAGAUAAAUUUGUAAAGUAAACUCAAUAUCUUGGCAGUUUAAUACCAAGUAAAUUAGUGUGAUUUAGAAAACACAACAUUUCAUUGAUCCUCUUUUAUAUAAAUGUUUAUAAUUAUAAGUUAAUUUUGCAAUAAUCAUUAUUUAAAAAAUUCCAAACACUUAUAUACCAAUGUAGAGACACUUUUCAGAA